ACUGAAUAAUAUAAUACAAUAAAUGUCGUCUGCUUGGAAAUUUGAAAACAACACUGAAAAGUGUUGGUUUUUACAUUGCUAGAAUACUCGGUUUUAACAUCAUUCGAGUCGAUGGAGAAAUAUUUCAGUCGAGAAUUUCAUGUGUCAUCCAGCAAUGAAUGUCUUGAAAUAUUGCAGCACACCGUAGGCGACGUUGGCUGUGUAGUUUGGGAUGCUGCUCUCGUACUGGGAGCUUACUUGGAUCACAUGAAUGAGACUGAACAAAAGCCAAUGAAAAAUCUAAAAAUACUUGAAUUGGGUUCAGGCACUGGAUUUGUUGGUUUAGUUGCUGCUGCAAUGGGUGGAGAUUGUUUAAUAACAGAUUUGCCUGAAAUGAUUCCUUUGAUGAAGAGAAAUCUUUCUAAAAAUGCAGCAUCAUUGAAAGGUGCACAUAGUGCAAAAGCAUUUGAAUGGGGCUCAGAUAUUUCAAGUAUUGUUCCAAAUAGUAAUGAAGGUUUUCAUAUUGUCCUGGCUGCUGAUUGCAUAUAUUAUAAAGAGUCUUUGGAUGCCUUUGUUAAAACAUUAGAAGACCUUAGCAGCCAUUGCAAUGGAGGGGUAAAAACUGAAAUAUAUAUUUCAUAUGAAGAUAGACAAAGUGAAGAAAAGAAAAGUUUAAUCUAUGACUUUUUUGAAAAAAUCAAGAUAACUUGUAACAUUUUCAAAAUACCUUUUGAAGAUUACCGAGAAGAUUUUAGGUGCGAAGAUAUUCAUAUUUUCAAAAUUAUGUCCUUAUAAAUUGAAUCCUUUUUCUUUAAAUAAAUUAUUUAAUA